CGUAACCAUAUGAGACUGAUUGUUUGCGCUUUUUUAAAUAACUGAAAAAUGACUCCAAUUUUUUAUGUGGCUAUAAAAUGAUAGAAAGCAGUAUUUGACGAAUCAAAAGACUGAGAAAAUGCAACUGAACAUUCUUGUACCAUAAGGAAUUCAGGCCCAAGUUCACAACAAGUGUAAUCUCUGUUAAAAGAAUAUGUAAGCUUUCAUGAAGUAUGAUUCUUCAAAAAAGUCUAUUGUCAGUGAAUAACUUUCGAUCAAAGUCACUAUAUCUUCUUAUUUUGAUAGUUAUGUGUUACUUUGUUAUAUACUUUCAUAUCACUCUACCAAGUGAAUAUUUUCCAGUUAAAACAAAUAUUCACGGGAAGAGUACAAUCCUUCAUACUCGUGAUGUUAACAUUGUUAUCUUACAAAAUGUUUUCAUCAAUCCAUCAAAAGUUAUUGGAGCGAUUGGAGGCGAAGAUCUAACUAAGGUUGUCAAUCAACCAGAAGCCUACGAAUUACUGAAAUUUCAAUAUGGAUUUAUCCAAAUAAGUUCUGAAACAAAUAUCGCAGCGCUGAUGAGUUUAAGUCAAUCACUUCGUACAAAUGAAAGAAAUUUGCCCGCCAUUCUCAAGUCCAUACAACCAGUCGAUCCUGUGCAGCUGAAGAGCUACAACAGCAAGUACUAUAAGGAGAAAGUUGUCUUCAUAGUCACACGUGUGGAAUACGUCAAUCUGUAUCACACAAUGACUGAUUGGUACAACACAUUCUUAACAAUGAAAUUACUCCACUUAUCAUCAAAGGAUGUGCACAUCUUGCUGGCGGAUGGUCAUCCUGUUGGAAGAUUUGACCAAGUGUGGUAUGAAUUGUUCCACAAUUCAAUAUCCAGAAUAGGGGUUUACAGAAGACGUUCAAGGCAGAAGAAGACAAGGAUGGUAAGAACAAAUCACAGUCUGAUUCGAACUGUGCCCAUCGGCCGGUAUGAUUAUCUACACAUCGCUAAACUUGUAUUGGUUCCAUAUGGUUAUGCAAGUCCCUUGUAUGUUGAGUCGAAUCCAACUGGAGAAAUAUUUGUCGACGAAUUCAGAAACUUUAUCCUUGAAAGCUACCAGUUAACUGACGAGGUGAGUAGAUGUCAAAGAACACCCCUGAACCAAUCAUCACAUCCUCACAUUCUUCUCAUCAGUCGACGUAAUUACAUUGCCCAUCCACGUAAUAUGAAAGGACAUGUCAGUCGAAAAAUCAGUAACGAAGAAAAGCUGUUGAGUGAAUUAAAACAAAUGGGUUUCCGAAAUUCAAUGCUUAUCGAUUUAGUUCAAUUACCCAUGUCUGAACAGAUCAAAUUAGUUAUGAAUACGGAUAUAUUAAUCGGAAUGCAUGGUGCUGCAUUGACACUGAGUUUAUUCCUUCCGAGUACUUCAUGUCUUGUUGAAUUAUUCCCCGGCUUUUGGUUUGGUUCUAAUAAACACCUUUCAAAGUUGGCUGAACUACGUGGGAUUCAAUACAUGGCUUAUCAUGGUCUCCCUGAGAAUGAUGUGUCAUCUGAUUCGUCUUACAUUCCAGUAGAUCGAUUCAAGUUGAUUGUAUUGAAAGCGAGGAGAUUAUGGAGAAUGCGAAUGGAUAGGAGAACUGUGAAUUGUUAAAUUAUCAUGUAUUGAUUUUUUCUAUUUUCGAUAUUGACUUGGUACUCUUGUCUAACUCUUUCUCUCCUUGUCUUCAUUGAAUUGUUCAUACUUCUAUUUUAACCUUUCCUGUUACUACAUGUGAUGAACUAAUCAUUUGUGAACAGUUGACGAGAUCUGUUAACUAUUUACAUGAACAUUGAAUUGUUUCUACAGAUAGUUUGUUAGCAUCUACCGAUAUCAGCUUAGAAUAUCAUGCACACGUUUCAAACACCAGAAAGGGCAAUAAACGUGCAGAUUAACUCUAACGAGACAGUUUUAUUGGUGAAUAGAUAAUUCCCUUUUUCUAUGAUUUCA